AUGCUUAAGGUUUAUAACGAGCUAACAUUUAGUAUCACAACUUUAGAAUCGCCAAAUCACGACCCAGUAGAACCAGGACUGGUGCCAGUGCCUGUACCGGACCAAGAACCAAAUCCAGAGCCGACACCCCAAGGAUUAGAAUCAGAGCCAGGUUUGACAGAUCAGGAAUCGGAGUCGGGGCCGGGAACGGGAUCAGAACUAGGAUUAGAUUCAGAAUCGGAAGGAGAAGGACCCGAACCAACGAUGGAGAGUGUUCCAGCCAGCUUACGCCCACAAGUUCCAUCGAACUUCAAGGAAAUUCAACUGGAGGAACUCCAGGACGAUUCAUUGUUGGAUGUCAGACGUCAGCUUGCGCAGCUAGCCAAAUGGCCUACCUUUGAGGUCAGGAAUGUUGCAUCCUCUCUAAAAUCAUCUAUCGACGGUACUCUAGAGAUUAUAUCACCCACAAUUAAAGAUUUCGGAGGCAAAACGCAAUGUUUUUGGCCAAUAUUUGCUCGAAGCCUUACCUUUGGGAGCCCGGGGAAACUGGACACGAAAAAUAUUAAGAUGAAGCUUACUAAAUCGGAAGAAAAUGGUCUCUGGCAAGCAGACGGGGCAGAACUGGAGGCAUUGUUGGGAUUAUGGGCGCUAUCACUACACCGAGGCAAUUACCUCGAAGAAAAGAAACUACGGAUAUCACGUGGACCCGUAGACCAACCCCAAUCAAACGAUCCCAAUCCUAACCCGAGGCCGAGGCCGCACAAGUUCUAUGAGGAAAGUGUUCGAAUUCUAUCUGCCCUCGAUGGCAGUGACGACACCACCACCACAACCGAGCAAAGACUUUCAUCUGCUGAAAGGUGGUCUAAUAUAUGGGUAACUAGGAGGUCUCAUAUUACUGAAAAAUUUAAGUAUAUACCGGAUGGAGAUCGACGGGAACCAUUAUAUGGGAACAACUGGGCCGGCACACACAUGUUCGGGUACUCCAAGGGACGGCUCAUUGAUACGGCUGUGUGCACAGGAUAUCUUCUGUUUUUUCUAGAGACGCUUGUCCGGACUAUUGACGGCAGCGAUAUCGGUGGAACAACGGAGGUCCGUCCAAUAGUCAACCAAGAAGACGCAGUUUUACUCCAAAACACAGUCGUGGAGGCUAUAGUAAAUCUGUUCCAAUCGAGCGGACUUGGAACAAGAGAAGAUGCGUAUAUGUGCGUUUUUCCCAUUUUACGCGGGACGAACAAAAUGCCUCCGGCUAGUGGCGUUGAAACUGCGGCCAUUGACCGUGCUGAGGCAUAUCGCGGCCAAGGCAAGUGGUCAAAGGCUUUUGAGAUAUUAGAGUGGCUGUGCUAUGACCGCCUACCGCCAACCCCCUACAGGCCCGUGAGUUCGUGGUACAAUAGCCCGCGUGUGGAGAUUUCACUCGGUGAUCUUUGCCAUGCGGCCAUCAGAGAGAAAGAGGAUGGUGUUAUCCGCCUUGGAUUUGAGAGUAUUUGUCGAAUGCUUCAGAGCAACAUAGAUCCGGAGUUUGGUCGGCAAUAUGGCCAAGUCGGGCUUCAAGUUUGCAAAGAUCAUGAUACCCCUGCGUUCAGGAAAUACUAUUCACUUCUCCAAGAUGCUUCCACAAAUUUGAGGAGCUUUACCGAAAUUUAUGGAGAUUUCGAUCCCCUAAGCUCCUAUAGGCUGAAUCUUUGGGCUUACUGGGGCCAAGUUGCAGCUAUUCGGUACCUUUUGGGGCGGGGGAUAGACACCACAGAUAUAGAUAUCAAUGGUACAUAUAACGGUGAUUCCCAAGAUUUCCUUAGGCGCCCGGCGAUAUAUAACGCAGUGUGGAAUGAACACAUCGACAUGGUUCACAUACUGCUCAGGGCCGGUGUGAGUAUAGGCAUUCAAGAUCAUUUAGGGAAUUCGCCGUCCUUUAUCGCGGCGAGUUUGGGCUAUAGCGAGAUCUUGGAGAUGCUGAUUCGAUAUGAUUUAAAUGCGGUUCGGAUGACUAGCACAGGUCACGGCGGUUUGAGUCUUUUAAUGAUUGCGGCAGAGUAUGGUCACGUCGAAUGCGUUGAACAAAUCCUGAAGGCUCUGCCACUCUCUGUCAAUUCUAGAUCCCACAAUGGCGAUAAUGCGCUAGGUAUUGCCUGCAGAGGGGUUGAGGAAUAUCAGUAUAGUGAUUACGAAGAAGAACACUAUAAAAUUAGGGACCCGCAACAUGACGCAGUGAUAAAGGCUUUAUUGGAACAUGGAUGUGAUGCACGGAACCGAAAUAAAGAGGGAAGAACAGCAUUGCAUAUCGCAGCUGAGAAUGGCUCCGAACUGGCAGCCUCGCUUAUCUUGGAUAGCGGCGUAGCUGUCGAUCUCAAUGCCCAAGACUCGGAAGGAAACACCCCACUGCAUUUUGCCAUAACUUCUGAGGGAAUCGUGAAACUCCUCAUCAAGGCAGGAGCAAACCCCACUAUACGGAACAAGAAAGGUGAUACGGUCCUUGUUACCGCCAUUCAUGAGGGUUUAUCGCCGACCAACGGAAAUGUGCUUGCGCUGCUUACCUCAGGUACAGAUAUACGGGAAAGAGAUGAAGCUAUCCAUGACGCUUUAUUUGUAGCGGCGUGGAGGGGUAAUUCAGACGUAGUGGGUUUCUUGCUGGGGAAAUGCUGGGUCCCUUUGUCGGAACCUGAGCUGAAGAAAAUAUUUCUGGCCGGUUGUGAAAACGGCCAAAAUAAAGUAACAUCGAUAGAUGCUAAGAUCUUGGAGCAAAUUGGAAGACAUGUUACUUGGAAUUACAUUCGUGAGAGCGAGGAUUAUGAUGAGGGUCUGCCGAUAUCUGUAUUGGCUGCAGAUGAAGGUUCAACUGAAAUUCUAUCGUUGAACCAGGAGGGUUACGUCGUAUACCACAACACGAGGGAUGAAGAUGGCAAGACAGCUUUGCAUUUUGCGGCAGAGUAUGGUCGUAUUUGGCUGAUCAGCGAGCUGAUUCAAAAGGGCGCCUCGCCCGCCGACCGUGACGAUUCUCAACGUAUACCUCUUCAUUAUUUUUUGGAAUAUACAAUCCUUGAAACCUCUGAGGAUAAAAUCUCAUCGGUUCUAGGGUUUAUUUGUGGGGAGAAGGCGAUAUCGAUUGACUGUCACGACAAGGACAAAAGGACGCCACUAUACCAUGUAAUCGAUCGGAUGGCACCUAUGAAUCGCAAUGUCUACAAUACAAACCAAGACAAUUUGGCUAAGAGACUAUUGGAAAUGGGAGCUAAUCCUGAUGGCUUUGAGGGUGGGCCAUCUCCUCUCCAGGCCGCAAUCCGACGGGACAGACUUGGAAUGGUCCAACUAUUGCUUGAGAAAUACAAGGCAGAUGCCAACUACUGCCCUAAAGGAUUUGAAACACUGCUUCAUCAAGCUGCAAUGGGUGAGGCAGAUAUUCGGAUUAUGGAGACCCUGCUGAAGCACGGAGCCGAUGUCAACGCCACGUUGAAAAAUCGAGCGACGCCCUUAACCUACGCAUUAUCUAUAUACCAUCAUGCGAAUGACGGAUUAUAUCAGCUCGGAGACUCUUAUGCACUCAGACGUGCGUUUGUAUUUAGUAGGAUUAAAACCCUUCUAAAUUAUGGGGCACGUGUGAUGGGAAUCAGUUAUUGCCACGAAUGUGCUGUAGGGAACGGCUUGCUGGGAGACUUUGUGGAUGAUUUACUCCCACUCCAGAAUUCAAUACUACUCUACAGAAAGGAUGAGGAGCUGCCGCAGGUUGUGAAACUAUUACUGGCCAGUUGGAAAAAUGAAAAUCCGGGGAUGACUAAGGAAAACGCGAUGAAGGAACUCGGGGGACGGGCUGCUUGGAAAAAGGGGGGUGUCUGGGAAGAUUAUGAAGAUAUCAACCUCGGUUCUUUAGGGGUUUUACCUAAGAGUUUACCCGAAGCACUUUCAAAAAUUGAACCUCCGGACCAGAAUAUUGAAGGAAGUCUUUCAUAA